AUGAAAAUCGAUACUCUCUGCCUUCACGGAGGUCAACAACCUGACCCCACGACAAACUCGCGCGCCGUCCCCGUUUACCGCACCGCCUCAUACGUAUUCAACGACACCGAACACGCAGCCAACCUCUUUGCCCUCAAAGAAUUGGGAAACAUCUACACCCGCUUGAUGAAUCCCACCACCGAUGUGCUCGAAAAAAGAGUCGCUCUCCUCGAAGGCGCACACGAAAUGGCAGGUCUCGGUCAUUCCUCUGGCACCGCCGCCAUCUUUAACGCCAUCAUCAACCUCGCCUCUGUGGGAGACAACAUCGUCUCCGCGCGCAACCUUUACGGCGGCACCUACACACAGUUCAACGACAUCCUGCCUGCUCUCGGCAUCGAAGUCCGCCUCAUCGACCCCAACGAUCCUGAAAACUUCGCAGCUGCCAUCGACGAUAAAACCCGUGCCUUAUUUUGCGAAACUGUUUCCAAUCCAACCCUCGAAGUCACCGACCUCAACGCCGUAGGUGACAUCGCAUCAGCUCACGGCAUUCCCCUCAUCGUCGACUCCACCUUUUCCACACCCUACCUCACCAAGCCCUUAGACCACGGCGCCGACAUUGUCGUCCACUCACUCACAAAAUGGUUCGGAGGUCACGGCACUGGCAUUGGCGGCAUCGUAGUAGAUUCUGGCCGCUUCAACUGGGCGGGCGGAAACCACCCCCUCUUUGAUAAUCCAGACAGCUCUUACCACGGCCUCCGCUGGGGACACGACCUCCCCGACAUGCUCGCCCCCCUCGCCUACAUUCUCCGCAUGCGCACCGUGCCCCUCAGAAACCUCGGUGCCUGUAUCGCGCCAGACAACUCAUGGUUCCUCCUCCAAGGGAUCGAAACCCUGCCCUUACGCAUGGAGCGCCAUUGUCAAAACGCCCUCGCUGUCGCCCUCCAUCUCAAAAAUCACCCCGUAGUCGAUUGGGUCCGCUUCCCCGGGCUCACCGAUGAUCCCCAAUACGAGAAAAACCAAAAAUAUCUCCGAGGAAAAGGAGGGAGCGUGGUCGUCUUCGGAAUCAAAGGAGGUGCCUCUGCAGGCGCCACUUUUAUCGAAUCACUCAAGCUCCACUCCCAUCUCGCAAACGUCGGUGACGCCAAAUCUCUCGCCAUCCAUCCUGCCUCCACUACCCAUUCACAGCUCACCGAGGAACAACAAGCCGCUGGCGGCAUAACCCCAGAGCUCAUUCGCCUCUCAGUCGGCAUCGAACAUAUCGACGACAUCCUCGAAGACCUCGAUCAAGCACUCGCGAGUUCAUAA